AUGGAACAAACCACCGCGCGAUUGCGGAAAACUUUCAGGUACCCUACAGACAAUGACUCCGAGGAUGAGACUCAAGAUGUGAUGGAUGAGGAAGAACAAGAGUCCCUUAUUCAGACCCUGAAGGAAGAGAAUCAAAGACGAAACCAGCAAUACAUCACAGCCCUCCUCAUCAUCUCCCUCCUCUGCUGCACUCCCUACCUCUCCACCAUCUUCAGCGGCCCGACAAGGCUCCUCUCCGUCCUCAGCAUCACUUCCCUCCUCUCAACGGCCUACAUGGUUCAUACCUCUCCUCCCGGCCAGACCGGGCUCGCCUUCGUCGACCGAGCCAACGCCGAGCCGAAAAGCAUGGCGGCACGCAGAGAGGCACUGCUAGCCGCAAAUGACGGCCCCAUAAAACAAUUCUUGCCGUACCUGAAUGUCGGUCUCUGUGUGAUCCUGCUCGGGCUGGGUAGCAUGGUCCAGAGGAAGGGGGUGGCGGUGUGGGCCGGAUUUGCGUGGCUGCCGGCCGCGGUCUACGGAGUUUCGGUCGCCGCAAAGUGGGUCAUUGGGGGUGUGGAUCCGGGAGAUCUGGCGAAUUUCCGGUAUGAGUUGAGAGGUGCUUAG